AUGGUAUUACGCAUGUUGGUCAAUGUUUCACAGAAGGAGCAUUUGAGUUUCGUACUAUUUUAUGCUUAUGCAAUGCAAUGUGGGUUUAAAUUCAAAUAUUUGAAGAAUGAUUCACAACGAAUUACUGCUGUAUGCUCACAUAGAGAUGAUAGAGGAUGUUUGUGGUCUGUGUAUGGUAGAGUCCAAAGAGCAAACCAAUUUUUCUACCUUAAGAGAUGGACUAAGAUACAUAGUUAUGGUGCUGAUGUUCGUACUUUAAAAAAUCCAAGGCUCAGCUUUGAUUUGGUGUCAAAUGUUGUAUUUGAGCGUGUUAGGGACAGACCACUAACGCGUCCCACUGAUGUGGCAUAUAGUUUCAAGGCAGACUAUGGACUUGAUAUCAGCUACCAUGUAGCAUGGUUAGGUAUUGAGAAAGCGAGAGAGGCUAUGCAUGGUGAUUACUUAACAUCGUUUGACCAACUGAGAUGGUAUGGUGAUGCUGUUCAGCAUUAUAAUCCUGGAAGUCAUAUCAAUAUUGACUAUGAUUUGAAGACUAGUCAGUUUAAAAGAUUUUUUAUAGCAUUUGUUGCGUGCAUAAAUGGCUUCAAAUAUUGUCACCCUUUGCUUUUUCUUGCUGGAACAUUUCUAAAAGGGAGAUACAAAGGGCAGUUGCUUGCAGCGACAUCUAAAGACGGUAACCAAGGAUUGUUUCCAGUAGCCUUUGCAAUUGUUGAUUCGGAGAGUGAAUCGAAUUGGUCAUGGUUUCUAUAUGAAUUGUCAAAAGUAAUUGCUGAUGAUAGACGCAUGACAUUUGUAUCCGAUCGUAAUCUAGGGCUUUUGGAAGCAAUGCCAAAGGCAUUCCCAUCAGCAUAUCAUGGAUGGUGUUUACAACACCUAAAGAAUAAUUUUAGGGACAAGUUGAAAGGUAUGGAGAAUGGUUUCAAGGAACACUUAGUACGAAAGUUGGGUGAUUGUGCAUAUGAACCUACUGUGACAGGUUUUCAUGCAUUACUAGAAGAGUUGAAGAGUGAGGGGAAGCAACGAGCAUAUAAUUUCUUGUCAGGGUUAGAACCAGAACAUUGGGCAAAUGCUUACUUUAGGUAA